AUGAAUGAAGAUGUGCGGCAAUGGACAACGGAGGAUGUGGGACGAUGGUUGGAGAAAUUGAACUUGCAGGGGUACUUGGCCGCAUUUGAAGAUAACAACAUCGAUGGCGAGGCACUCUUGCUGAUGGAUGAGCCUGCUCUCAGAGAUAUUGGCAUCACUUCCAUUGGACAUCGAGUCACACUACUAGAUGAGAUCUACCUGCUAAAAGUCGCGCACAAAAUCCCCCUGGAACCUGGUGAUUGGGUCCCGCAAGACGUGUCUGUGAUCGCCCAAUCUCUGAAUCCUCCGCACAUUGUGCGUCCGCUGCCUGUGCCAGACUCGAUUCAUGCUCGGGCAAACAUGCCAGGGCCUUGGGAAACGGUCGAUGCACAGCAAACAAAUCCAGACAACCCCGCACACAGUGAUGCCCGCAGACAUAAGGUUGAUGUGGCACACAUUUCGCCGCAGGACCCAUAUAUUAUAACACCUGCGUUAGAAGCUGUCGCGGAUAUGCUCAAACAAAGUGGCCAAGACGCCACACCGCGCAAAGCCCAAUGCCAUUACACAGUCACGUUCGAUGAUCCAUGCAGCUUUAUCUUACCGAUGGCUCUGCAGCACUUUGAGAUCCAUGAUGAUUGGCACGAGUUCGUCUUGUUUGCGGCAGGCAACACGACAGAGCGGUGUAUUGCCUAUGAUGAAAAACCGCUUAUGAUUCUCCAGCGAAUGCGUGAAAUCAUGCCGGAGACGAAGUUGAUCCUUCGGCGCGUCCACGACAUUGAGUCGCCUCUAGUACUUGCACAACGCAAGUUCAUUGAGAAGCGCCGUGAGAUCCAAAACACGAAGCAUGAGGCCAUGCGCCUUCGCGCCGCACCUCCUGGUAUCACAGUAUCGGCCGACUCGCACAUCAUGUCCGUGCGUGUGCUGUUGACGAUGCAAGGCGGCGCAGAAUCACUUGCCCAUGCACGAACCAUGGGACCUGCGGCAGACAUUGCAUUUAAAACGAUAUCGCAUGCCGUGGCUAUCUAUCCGUACGUGUCGGAGCGUGGUGACGAAUUCGACAUUCAGCCUGGUGACACGUUCAUCGUGCUGUCAAAGUGCAAGGGCUGGUGGGCAUUGCGUCGCGACUCUGUCGCAGACGGGCGCGGCGAUGUCUUCCUGCUGGAUCCCGUGAAGCUUGGCGUUGAAAUAUGGACCGGUUGGGCCCCAUCGGGAUGCCUGCUUGAAUUGACGCGGCCCAUGGCCACCAUCCUGCAAUUGCAGGCGAGUUUCCUACCGCCAGAGUCACCUGAAAAAUGGCAGCAAACCAUGAUGUAUGCGCCCCUGUCACUCGCUUAUGUGCCGACCAGUGGCACAGCGGCUGUCAUGCUGACAGACUUUGCGACACCUGAUCAUUCGUUUGCCGUAUCCGCAGCCGACCGCAUACGUGUGUUCAAGCGCUACAAUUCCUGGUCCUAUUGUAUUGUAGACGGCCCACUGCCCAAGCGUGGCUGGGUUCCCACAUGGCUUGUAUCUCGACGCCCCGACACGAAGCCGAUAGCCGUCGGUGCCUCGGCAGCCGUGGCUGCACCGCAACCGCCGCAUGUGCUGGCAGCCAGUGGGGAUGCUCCGCUACGCAGCCCUGUGAUCCUGAGGCCCUCCGAACAGGCGUCCAGCUCGUUUCUGCAACAGUGGUAG